GCAGGAAAACAAGCGCCGUCUGAAGCGAGCUUAAAGUAGGGUUAGGUCGGAAGCCCAAAUCUAGCGUUAAUCUUUGACUUUAAUAUCUAAUAUUUAAUAAUGACAAGACAAUGAUGCCACUAUUCAAUAAAAUAAAAAUAACGAACGUAACAAAGCUUCCAGUCAGGUAUAAAAAUGGACCUAAUCACUGGAGUGUAAAAGUGAAGGCAAAAACACCUAAAGAUAAAGCACUGGAGCACUUUGAUGAUUUCUAUGCAUCUGUUUAUGGAAAAACAUGGGAGAGUAUAAGAGCUGCUUUAUUAAGUGAACACAACAAGUGUAUGGCUGUAAUUAAUAACUUUAGUGAUACAGAAAGGGUAUUUUCAUCCUUAGAGGAAUCUGGUGCAAUUAAUGUCAAGUCUUUAUAUAAUGUCUAUAAAAAUCAAAUGGAUGAGGACAACAGAAGUUCAUCUAGAAAAAAACUAUUAAAUCAAAUUCAUGAAUUGGAUAAACAAAUGGAUGCAGCAAUUUCCAAGAAGCAGCUUUCUGAAAUUCAAUCUAUAUAUCCAACUGACUGUGAAACAACCAUGGAAACAUUAAAUCCAACCGUUGACGAGGAAGGUUUAAAUAAAGAGCAGGAACCAUGUCAACCGGUGAUGACCUCGAUUGAAUCUGGUUUAGAAACAGCAGCAUUUGAUGAAACUCGUAUCGUUAAACCUGGAAUGGGUAUAUCGUCAUCGUGUCUUUAUGAGUUUGUGCCAACCACAAAAAUUAAAGGCAUGGAGGAUUGGAUAUUAGAAUCAACUCAUUAUAAUUAUUAUAAAGAAGGCGCUGAUUUUUCUGUAAAUAAAGAGAAAGAGUAUACAUUGAAGAUCCCAGAGUAUCUUCAUCUUUAUGCAUAUGAACCAGAUAGUUCGGUUAGAUUUAAAUCUCCUAAAAAAGGAUCCACUGGAGUUUUGGAUUACUAUUUACUUGACGGUGGUUCUAUAUUACCUGUGCUUGCCUUAGACUUGCAGCCGGGUGAUAAUGUAUUAGAUAUGUGUGCAGCUCCAGGCGGAAAAUUUUUAGCCUCUUUGCAAACAUUACUGCCACGUGUAAUUGUUGCUAAUGACUCUCAAUCCUCCAGAGUUAAAAGAAUCAAUAAUGUACUACAUCAAUACAUCAGUGACAUGGGUCAGUGGGACAAUAGACUAUUUGUCACUGAACAGGAUGCCAGAUUUAUUGACGAUAAAGAUGUUUUUAACAAGAUUUUAGUUGAUGUACCGUGCACAACAGAUAGGCAUAUAUUGCACUCAGAUGAGAAUAAUAUUUUCAAGCCUACCAGAAUAAAAGAGAGAUUAAGAAUACCUGAAUUACAGACAGAAAUUUUAGUGAAUGCAUUGAAGAUUGUACCUGUCGGUGGCACUGUAGUAUAUUCCACCUGUUCAUUGAGCCCUGUACAAAACGAUGGUGUGGUUCAAUUAGCGUUGAAAAAAGCUUGGGAGGAAACUAAUUCCGUUAUGGUGGUCAGGGAUAUGACACGGGCACUACAACCACUUUCUUGUCUCUACAAAUUUGGAAGCUAUGGACGGAAGUAUGGUCACACUGUGAUACCGACACAAGCGAAUAAUUGGGGCCCAUUGUACUUCGCUAAAAUAAUAAGGCUGCGCUGAAAAAGGUAACGCCUGUUCAGGUGAUUCUUCGUCGGACGACUCGACAUUGUUCCAAGGUUGUUCCUCACCUGUACCAAGUACUGUGUACACCAAAAUCUCUACCAAAUACAAACCUACCGUUACAAAAAAUAUGAUUCUCCACGC